AUGUCGCCACCACCGCGCAAUAGAAGAAACGGGGCUGUUGGCAAGGACCACGACCUGGAGGCUCAACUUGAUGAGACUUUUAGUUCUGAUAAGACGCGCAACGGUAGAAAUGGAGUUGUUGGCGAGGACCACCACCCAAAUGCCCACUUCGACGGGACUUCCCAUCGUAGCAAGCCCACGAUUGAGAACGACAAUUGUCACCUUCAACCUACGUUAACGGCAGUGAACGCUGUGCAGCUGGGCAUUGCCCUCAUCUCCAACUUCUUCCUACUCUUCAAUAUGGCAAGGAGAAUUCGCUUUGGUAUAGCACAGCCUAUUACCAUAGUGGGAUGGUAUUUUUCCGCCAUCGUCCUGAUUUGCCUGCUUUGUACAGGCGCUGGGCCUCUUGUUGAAGACCUUCCUUUCCCGCGGGAUGAGAUGAUCUGGUCUCAAUCAUUUUAUUACGGUAUCUGGGCAGCCGUUCUCUACUUUAUCGUGGCAACUCUCAUGAGCAUCACGUUUUGGGGAGCCUAUUCAGGCCACUACCCAAAGGAUUUUAUCCUGACUCUAAGCCAACGCACUCUCAUGCUCCAGACCAUCUCGGUGCUUAUAUAUCUCCAUGUUGGGGCUGUCGUUUUCAGCAACAUCGAAGGCUGGCGAUAUCUAGACGCCGUGUACUGGGCAGAUGUCACUCUCUUCACUGUUGGCUUUGGUGACUUUACUCCUACGACAAAUCUUGCAAAGGCACUGAUGAUUCCAUACGCCAUCGUCGGAAUCAUAAGCCUAGGUUUGGUCAUUGGAUCUGUUAGGGGUCUAACCCUCGAAGGCGGGAAACGCAGACUUCUGGCACGUAUGGAGGAAAAGAAGAGGAGAAGAACCGUUCGCAGCAUCACACGGAAGGGGAAUGACGAUCUUCUAGAACCCAUCCAAGAGGAACCCGGAUUACCACGCAUGCCGACGGAUAACAGCAACAAAAGCAACAAAAGCAUCAACAGCGAAUAUGAGCGACGCAAGGCCGAGUUUGCUCUGAUGCGCAAGAUUCAAGCCAUGACAUCCACGCGAAGAAAGUGGAUGGCUCUAGCCAUCUCCGUCAUGGUAUGGCUCGUGUUUUGGCUGGUGGGCGCCGUGGUAUUUAUGGAGGCAGAGAAACGCUACCAAAACUGGACAUACUUUGACGCUUUCUACUUUUCUUUCAUCGCAUGGACAACCAUCGGCUAUGGCGAUUUUACAGUUGUGUCCAACGCCGGGAAAUCCUUCUUUGUUUUUUGGUCCCUCAUGGCUUUGCCCACCAUCACGGUGCUCAUCUCUCAUGCGGGCGACACCGUCGUCAAGAUUAUCAAAGACAGCACCAUCCGUCUAGGAAAUGUCACCAUUCUACCCGGCGAGGAAUCUUACAUGGCUAGUCUCAAACAUCUCAUCAGCAGAAUGACUCUUGGGAAGUUCUUUCAAGCCCACUACGAAACUACAGACCCAUUGAUUUUGGAGUCGAAGAGGCAUCACCUCCAGCGGCUAGCCAACGUUAUGGACCAGCUCGAGGAAGAAGACCUUUCUGAACAAGAGAGAGAAGAUGAGAGAGAAGACGAAAGAGAGGAGCAAGAAGAAUCAAGAGGUCGGCCCGCGAAUGUGCGCCAUACUUCACAAGCGUCAAGCUUUACCUCCAAAGUCCGACGGUCUCUCUCGCGCCUUCGCAGUGCACACCAAAAGAUUCCCACAGGGGCUGAUUUGCAUUUCCUUCUCAUUUCUGAGAUUCGAGUUGUUGCCAGUCAUCUGAAAGAGUCCAAGCACCACCACUAUGAUUUUGACGAAUGGGCGUGGUAUCUGAAACUAAUUGGGGAAGACGAGCAUAGUUCGUACACGCAUACGAAAGCGAAGAUCAAGGCAAAGAAGCACAAUAAUUCUCCCGAUGCAAGUGCCAACGAGGAGCCUGUGAAAUGGUCGUGGGUUGGCCAUCGCAGCCCUUUAAUGGGAAGUCAAGGGGAGAGCGAAUGGAUACUGGAAAAGCUUACGGAUCGGCUGCAAGAGUGUCUGUCGGCAGAGAGCCGGCGGCAACGGGUGUACAUGUAUAUUGAUAAAUAG